CGGAAUCCUAUUAAGCCCUCACACUUGAAUAGGGGGGUACUUGAUCAAUUCCGCCGCCGUCUGUACAGAAGAAUGCGCACCUCGCAGCACCUCGCAAAGCGAGGAGGGCCUGGGAUAGCAUGCUUUAUCCCACGACGUUUAAGCUGUCUGCUUGUCAAUCAUUGUAGCGCUUGGAAGCUGCAGCCAUCAGUCGUUCAUUUGCCUCUGGCGCAUAGUGCUUCGGCGCGCGCUCGAGAGGCAUCCGUCUUGACACAAGCCAUCAGUCCUCCUACAGCAGAAACUGCAAGCAAUGUGGACGACGUUUCAGGCGUCCGUGGUGCCCAUUGGCAAGUCCAUAAAUUUGGAGGGACGUGCAUGGCCAGCGCCGACAGGAUUCGUGCAGCAGCAGAGCUGAUGGUGAAUAGCGUUGGACCCAGUUCGUCUACAUGCGUCGUUGUCAGUGCCAUGGGUAACCAUCCUACAAGCCCCUUAAAAGUUACCGACUUAAUUCUGAAUAUGAUCAAGAAGGCGUCACGUCAGGAUGCAGCCUUCCUGGUGGACCUCGCUGCCCUCCAAGAGAAGCACGUCGAGACCGCCAAGCAGCUACUUGGUCAGUCGAAGGAGCUCACGCAGUUUGUGGCUUCCCUGAUGGACGACAUUACGAACCUCAAGGCCAUGCUGCAGGCUAUGAGCAUCGCUGGCAUGUCCACGGACGCCUUCAGCGACUUCGUCGUGGGGCAUGGUGAGCUGUGGAGCGGGCGCCUGUUUUCGCUUUGCUGCCGCCAGCUGGGGGCUGAUGUGGCGUUUAUGGACACCCGUGAUGUGCUCGUGGUGACCCCUACGAAUGACGGCGGCUCCGUGGAUUUGGAUGAGCAGCUGUCUAACUGCCGUUUAGAUGACUGGUUUACUGCCAAUGGGUGCAGCAAGCUCGUGGUGGCUACGGGUUUCAUCGCUCGCAGCCCCGAGGGCACCGCCACCACUCUCAAGCGCAACGGCAGCGACUUCUCAGCCACCAUAAUGGGCGCGCUCCUGCGUAGUCGCCACAUUACCAUAUGGACGGACGUGGAUGGGGUCUUCUCGGCUGACCCGCGCAAGGUGCCCGAGGCGGUUUGCUUGCCCAGCAUGACGUAUCACGAGGCUUGGGAGUUGAGCUAUUUUGGGGCAAAUGUGCUGCACCCCCGCACCACCCUACCCGCCAUGAAGUACCACAUCCCCAUAACUAUACGUAACUUUUUCAACCAGAAGGCAUUAGGCACUCGCAUUAGCGAUUUCGCUGCGGACAUGGAGGUGUACCAGGGCAAGGCCACCAUCAAAGGUUUUGCCACCAUUGACAACGUAACCCUGAUUAAUGUGGAGGGCACUGGCAUGGUGGGUGUGCCUGGCAUUGCUUCGCGUAUCUUCAGCUCGGUCCGCGAUGCGGGCAUCAACGUGAUCAUGAUCAGCCAAGCCUCCUCUGAGCAGUCAAUCUGCUUCGCGGUCAAGGGAGGGGACGGCGAGGCGGCCGCGAAGGUGCUCACAGACAGGUUUGCGGAAUCUAUCGCUGCUGGCCGUGUGUCGGCCAUCCAGGUGAUUCCCCACUGCUGCGUGCUUGCGGCAGUGGGUCAAGGCAUGGUGGCUCGCAAGGGUGUGGCGGCCACCAUGAUGGGCGCACUGGCCAAGGCCAAUGUCAACAUUAAGGCCAUUGCACAGGGUUCCUCUGAGUACAACAUCACCGUGCUUAUUGAUCAGGCCGAUUCGGAGCGGGCGCUCCGUGCUGUACAUUCCCGGUUCUACUUGUCAGAUGUACCCAUCGGUGUGGGCAUUGUAGGCCCGGGCCUCAUCGGUGGGACACUCAUACAACAGCUCCGCGAGCAGCGGCAGCUCCUCAAGAAGGAAUUCGGCAUCGAUCUGCGGCUGCUAGCGGUGGCUUCAUCCUCCAAGAUGCUGAUGCAAGAGACUGGAGUGGACCUGGACAACUGGCGACAGGACCUUGACGAAAAGUCCGUAGCUUGCGACCUGGAAAAGUUCGGCAACUUCCUUUCAAGCCACUAUAUCCCUAACCGGGUCAUUGUGGACUGCACCGCCUCGGAUGCUCCUGCGUCCAAGUAUAUCCACUGGAUGAAACAGGGCAUCCAUGUCGUGACACCCAACAAGAAGCUGGGCAGCGGGCCGCUGGAGCAGUACCAAGCAGUGCGCCGCAUGCAAAGGGAGGGUUACAUUCACUUCUUCUACGAGGGCACGGUGGGUGCAGGGCUGCCCGUGAUGGGCACCCUGAAGCACCUGCUGGAAACGGGCGACAAAAUCAUCAAGAUUGAGGGCAUCCUUUCCGGCACCCUAUCGUACAUAUUCAACACCUUUGGCGAUGGGCGGCCCUUCAGCGAAGUUGUGCAGGAUGCCAAGGCCAAAGGGUACACAGAGCCAGACCCCCGGGACGAUCUGAAUGGCACUGAUGUGGCACGUAAGGUGUGCAUUCUGGCUCGUGAAUGUGGCCUGCUGUUGGAGAUGGACCAGAUACCCGUAGAAAGCCUGGUUCCGGAGCCCCUGCGGGAAGUGGCCUCGUCCGCGGAGUACAUGGCCCGACUGCCCGGAUUCGAUGCGGACAUGGAUGCCAAGUUGCGGCAGGCCGAGGACAGCGGGGAGUGCCUACGGUACGUAGGUGUAGUAGAUGCGCAGGGUGGUUGCGGCAGUGUGGAGCUGCGACGGUACCCCAAGUCACACCCUUUCGCCCAGUUGAAGGGUAGUGACAACAUCAUAUCCUUCACCACGGCGCGUUACUUCAAACAGCCGCUCAUCAUCCGCGGUCCCGGAGCAGGUGCAGAUGUGACCGCAGCCGGCGUCUUUUCUGAUCUAUUGCGUUUGGCCGCCUACCUGGGUGCACCAUCUUAAAAGUGUAAGCAACGCUUCCAUAAAAAGACAGGCGGUCUGGCUCCUUGGAUGCGGGGUGCUGCCUACUUCUUGGAGAAGCACUUAUAUUUUCACGAGAUUGUGUGCUAGACGUUUCAUGUUCGAGGGGUUUGGUGGGCAAUGCGAUGGCUUGACAUAGUAGUUUUGGGAUGUACGGACAGGUGACACGACUGGAGUAGUGUCUAUCCUUUAGUUCCGAGCACGCAGCAGCAGCAAGGGCAAGAAUAGUGGCAGUAUCUUUCUGAAUGGUGAAGGUGAUAGUAAACUGUGAAGGUGCUUAAUUUACGAAGCGUUUGGCUGGGAUGCUUAUGUUUUAAUGUGCUUUUUAGGCGAUCCGCGCGAUUACUUUUGAUUUCGCUCGCUCUCGGUCUUCCACGUAAUUUACUUGUACUCCUCUUGACCAUUCGCCGGCCGACUUGUUGACCCCGGAGUGACCCUCAGAGUGGACCAAAUGCCCGCACUGUCCUCGCUUUCUUCAAAUACUUCCCCGGUAAAGCUUCGUAAAGCC